CUGUUGAACUCGCUGUUUCAUAUAGCAAUAUGGCCGAAAUCAAACCCGACACGGCUCACCAACAGUAUCUCAUCGUGUCGGAACCCGAUAUUUCCGACCAGAAGCCUUCAAAACCGAAACGUUUAGCUUCCCUUGACAUCUUCCGAGGCCUCACUGUUUCUUUGAUGAUUUUGGUUGAUGAUGCCGGUGGAGAAUGGCCUAUGAUUGGUCAUGCACCCUGGAAUGGUUGCAAUCUCGCUGACUUUGUGAUGCCAUUUUUCCUCUUCAUUGUGGGAAUGUCUAUUGCACUCUCUCUCAAGAGGAUACCAGACCAACUUUUGGCUGUCAAGAAGGUGAUUCUUAGAACUCUCAAGCUCCUUUUCUGGGGUCUCCUGUUACAAGGAGGUUUCUCACAUGCUCCUGACAAACUAACAUAUGGUGUUGACAUGAAAGAAAUAAGGUGGUGUGGGAUUCUCCAGAGAAUUGCUCUUGCAUAUCUGGUAGUGGCUCUGAUAGAAAUUUUCUUGAGAUGCGCACAAAGAAAAGAUGUGGCACCUGGCAGGCUCUCCAUUUUCAAGUUAUACUAUUGGCAGUGGCUGGUUGCAGCAUGUGUACUCACUACUUACUUUGCUGUUAUAUAUGGGACAUAUGUUCCUGAUUGGCAAUUUACCGUCCACGACAGAGACAGUAGUGAUUACGGAAAAAGUUUCACUGUAUUUUGUGGUGCUAGAGGAAAACUGGAUCCUCCUUGUAAUGCAGUGGGAUACAUUGACAGACAAGUGUUGGGAAUCAAUCAUAUGUAUCAGCAUCCAGCUUGGAAAAGAUCAAAAGCUUGCACUGAAAAUUCCCCAUAUGAAGGACCUUUCCGAAAUGAUGCUCCAUCAUGGUGCCGUGCUCCUUUUGAACCUGAAGGAAUUGUAAGCUCAAUAUCUGCAAUUCUCUCCACAAUCAUCGGAGUACACUUCGGACAUGUGCUUAUACAUAUGAAGGGUCAUCAAGCUAGAUUGAAGCAUUGGAUCCUUAUGGGCUUUGCCCUCCUCAUCUUAGGAAAUGUUCUUCAUUUCACUCAUGCAAUUCCUUCAAAUAAACAGCUAUAUACAUUUAGCUACGUAUGCAUAACGUCUGGAGCAGCAGCUUUGGUGUUUUCAGCCUUCUACAUCAUGGUUGAUAUCUACGAUAAAAAGUUCAUGUUUCUUCCUCUGGAAUGGAUUGGCAUGAAUGCUAUGCUUGUCUAUGUUAUGGCAGCUGAAGGCAUCUUUGCAGGAUUCUUCAACGGUUGGUAUUACAAGGACCCCCAUAAUACACUAAUAUAUUGGAUCCAGAAGCACAUUUUUGUUGGGAUUUGGCAUUCAAGGAGAGUAGGCAUUCUGCUCUAUGUCCUCUUUGCAGAGAUCUUGUUUUGGGGCAUUGUUGCUGGCAUUUUGCAUUGGUUGGGCAUAUAUUGGAAGCUUUAAACUACCGAUAUGCUAUACUUCUCACAGUGAAUGAGAGUUUUUCUGUACUGUACGUAUUCAAAUUUGAUCUAUUACAUUUACCUAAGUAAUUGCUCAACAGACGGUCAUGGGAAUGUGGCAACUUAUAAGGAGCGUUCCCAUGAAAAUACAUAAUGGGAAUCAAAAUCAGCAUUCAAUCUGAAACAGAAGAAA